GCCACGUGCUCCCGGUGUUCGCCCCACCAUUCCCUGUAAUCGGGUGCUUUAUCCCAUAAACACAGGUUCUGUCUGUGGCAGCCGCCCGUUCCCUGCAUUUCUGAUAGAUCCUGUUGCUGACUUUAUGAACCAUUUACUGAUAUUCUUCUGCAGCUCCCUGUAUUUAUUUACUUAUAUUUUUUUACAUUAUGCACAUCUUUGUAUGGUGUGCUUUCAUACGGUCUUUCAUGCCAUCGGUUAAAAAGCACCACAUAAAAUUUGUUCACUUUCGAAAACGGACCGUCACUUUCCAUUUCUUCCAGACACAUUUUUCUAGCGGGGCAUGUUACAGAACAGCCCUGCAGGCAGAAAAGAUCCGUCCACGUUUCAAAAAUGUUACAUGUGCAGUUGUAAUGAAUGCGGUAGUGCUGCAAAAUGUGAACACUUGUCUCUGGUGCCUUAAAAUGAUGUCAACUCAACUCCUCCCAUUUUGGGGAAAGGGAAACUAAUGAGUUUCACAUGAGUUUCACUUCAGUGACUUGUUUGUGUUCUCAGACUAUAAACGGGCAGAUAAAGCUUUCUAAUUAAUACACUUGAAGAAGUUUAGUAUUAAGCUUCAAAGCAUUUUAUAAACAUAAAAUCCCCUUACAAAAUGGGAUUUUAAAGAAGUUCACAUUUAAAAUUUUUUUUUCCAGCAUAGUAUUCCAAGCGCUCAUGACUUCCCAUGAAAACACAUGUGCUAUAUUUUGCAAACAAAACCAAGGUUUAAAUACAGCAGAUGGCCAUGGCCAUGAAUGUCUCUGCACCUUCAUGGAGUUUACUUCAGGCCUUAGUUGUGCACGUAGAUCUGUGAAAGGUCACCGGUAUUUUAGGCCUAUAAGACUUAAGGGACAGACAGGGACUUACUCGGGAAUGGUUUCUGUUACUUCCUUGAAAGCACACUGUCAAAAUUUUUUGUUCAUUACUGGAUUUUUGGGUUUUUUUAUGAGUUUUAAACUUUGGCAAAUGCUUCUAGAAUUUUCAGAUUAUUCUUUUCUCUCUUUUCUUCUUUUUUUUUUUUUUAAAGUAAUUCCUCCUGGAUUGAGACAACAGUAAAUGCAAUGACUGUUUUUCACUCCAGUGAAUGGAGUUUUCAGACUUUGCCUUACAGUGGAGGAUGUUGUCCCUGAGACGUGUGGCCUUGGAAUAUUGUUCUGCAUCUUUAGAGAGCAGCUCUUCCUUCAGUGCCGAAUGUGUAGCCACCUCUGUCUGGCGGUGCCUGAAAAAUCUUUGAGGGGGAUGAGAAGCAAUAGGAAAAGAAACUGCAAAUCUGUCUAGAUGGUAUUCUUUAUUCCAGAAGCUAUUAAUGUUUUUAUGCAAAACUCAGUUCUUAGGCAGACGCAACUGGAAUGCAGCGAAAGACUUGCAGAGAUACAGACAUCAUUACCCGGGUUUGGUAGAACCAGAAAAUGACGAGGAGGAAGAGAUGUGGAACUUAAGCUUUUACAAAAAUGAGAUUUGUUUUUUGCCCCAUGGUUUACAUAUUGAAACUCUUCUUGAGUCUUGGUGGGACAACUAUGAAGUUCUUGAAGAAAACCAUUCUUAUAUUCAGUGGUUAUUCCCUUUACGUGAACAUGGGAUGAACUGGCAUGCCAAGCCACUCACACGUCAAGAAAUUGAGGCCUUUAAGAAGUCCAGUGAAGUUAUGCAAAGGUUCGAACGUGCUUAUCAACUCAUGUUGAGAUUUUAUGGAAUCACUCUGACUAACCAGAAAACUGGAGAACUUGAAAGAACAGAGAAUUGGAGUGAACGAUUUCAAAACUUGAACCGGUUUAGCCACAACAAUUUGCGGAUUACUCGCAUCCUGAAGUGCCUGGGGGAGAUGGGAUAUGAACACUAUCAAGUGCACUUGGUGAAGUUUUUCCUAACAGAAACUCUUGUUAAGGAGACGCUACCAAAUGUCAAGAGAAGUGCCUUGGAUUAUUUUCUGUUCACUAUCAGAAGCAAACGGAAGAGAAGAGAACUAGUCCACUAUGCCUGGCAACACUUCAAGCCUCAAAGCAGCUUUGUAUGGGCGCCACAAGACAAACUACUGAAAUACAGACCCUGCUCAGUCAAGACACAGCUGUACCAAAAGGACGAAAGUAAAGAGGAACCUCCUGGAAAAAGAAGUGAUGAUUCUGUGGAAAAGGAUCAGAAGGAUCAGUUGCUAAAGGAGGAGCAGAAAGUUGGAGAUAAUGCAGACUUACAGCCUGAAGAAGUGAAUGAAGAAGAUACAAGACAGAAGUUAAGUGAAUGUGUUUCGGAGGGAGGAGAUGGUGAAGGAGAGAAAGACGCUUCAUUUGCCCAACAGGAGGAGAAGGAUUUGAACAGUGAUGCUGAAGUGCAGAGUACGGCAGAGAACGAUUGCACAAAGGAGAGCAAGAAGAGAAAACUGGAUGCAAGUAGGGCAGACACUAAACACAGUGAGCCAUUGAAAAGCCCAACUGAUAUUGAAAAAAUUUCCCGUAAUCUAGGAGAAUGUGCAAUUGAUGCUGAAAUCCCCUCCUCGGUUCCAGUCUUGCAGACAGAAGAGAACCAGGAAACACUUAAAGAAGACACCGUAAGCACUGAAGAUACAGCAGCACCAGAGGCAGCUGAUGCGGCUGUAAAACGGAGGAAAGUUGAUAAAAGAACACUGAAAGGCAAAACAUGCACCUUGGCCAUUAAUCUGAACAUGAGACCCCCUGCCCGGUUAAAUACACCUGUUGCAAACACUGAGACUGAGGAGGGAAAAGUUAGUGAAAAAAAGACAGCUGUGGAGGAGACCAGUGAGAAUGCUGGUGGUGAUGCAAAAGGUGGGACUGCGGACUCCACAGCUGAGUGCAAGGUCCCCAAGACGGACCGGAUUUAUCCAGUAAGCAAUGACCUGGAGUCAGGUGGAGAUCAGGUCACCGCCAAGAGUGACCAGCACCACUGCAAUAGCAUGCUCCUGGGAUGCAAAAGUGAGGCAGACAAGUUAGAACAGCGUGAAAAGGCAGAAGAAAAUGCGAACGAAAAAGUGGAAGCAAAAAUCACAGACAAGAACCAAGAUCAAGAGAGUCUCGAGCAAAGCAUGGCAUCAGUUUGUCCUGAACAAGACAGUGCUGAGGCUGCAAUACAAAAAGCCGAUAGCUGUCAGCAUGUGGCAGAACCUGAUGAAGAGCAGGCAGCAACAGAGUGAGACAAGUGUGGCAACAGCACUCGAGCAAGCAGAGAAGAGACUGCUUCCACUGCUGGGAGCCAGCUUUGGUGUUAUGGAUAGCUGAGGUACAUGGAAAAAUAAAUUUCCUUCGACUGAUCCUGGUUAAACCCAGUCUGACCUUCACCUUCCACCCUUUUUUCUUUUUUAAAUGUUUGUAGUGACUUUGUUGAGAACCAGCCCUUGCUUACCCUAAAAACUCUGAUUGAAUCAUCUUCAUGGAUGGGCUGUGUCCUAUUACUGUUUUUAUCCAAUAUUCAGGACUAUUUGGAAGCAACAGGGAUUUUUGCACUUUGCUUUGUUUCUGGUAUGUCCCUUUUUUAAAGAGAAGAAGAAAAUUUAUUCUGUUUUCUUGUUGGAACUAGUUAUGCAUUAAAUACAACACUUUUAAUGCGGGACAGACAGCAUGAGCUACUUUGCUUUCUUUCUAUAUAACUUCUCUCUGUUACUUUGGAAGUCUGCACCUUCACUGAAGGCUUAUUUACUCCUGGCAAAGGUGCUGUGUUUCUGCUUCUUAGGGCAGAAGUUGUAAUUUUUGUGGCAUUUGCCUGAAAGAAAUGAGUACAUGCAUUUUGCAUGCAUGUAAGAGUGUAAUUGCCCCUCUCCUCCUGUAAGAAAAUAGGUUUGAGCUUAGCCUGUCAUGAAGAGAUACCUUUAGACUAUAUAUAUUAUGACCUGUAUCAACCCCUAUGUAUAGAUAUUGUUCCCCAUGAUGCAAAGUGUGGAGUAACUUGUUCCCUUUGUCCCCAGCAGAAGUUGCCUGGUAGCACUUGUCAAGAGUUGCUGAGAGCAUGAGUUGUCUGCCAGUUUUUAAAAGCAAAACCUUCAGACUUUGCUUAAACCUGUCUGUAGCUCUUCUUUCCCAGGGUUUUCCAGGCCUUUGAUAGUCUUCCACACACAUGUAUGUCCGCUGCUGGUUCAAAGGCCUUUCUCAAUUGCCAAAAUGUUGUUUAUAUUUGCAUCUUUUCAGACUUUGCUGUUAAUUUCGAGUGGCUUUGGUUAUCUUUUCUGCAGGCCCAUUGAAUGAAGUUGGAUGUGUCAAAUUUAAACAACUUCCUGGUUAUGGCAGAUCUUUUACCAUUAAUGAUCAGGAUGUCAGACAGCAAGGGCAUGUUUUACUGCAGUGUGUCUGGAAAUCACUGGGGCUUUGUUGUGGAGCUGUUAAUUGAGACCGUUUAAUUGGCGGGGGUAGACUUGUCUGGUUCAUUUAUUCACAGUCCUAGAGAAUUUAAUCUGAGACCUUGCCAGCUAUUUGCCUGUCUUAAUGUUACUGACCUCCCCCAUUAGCCAUUCUGCCUGACCUAUACGGUAUUCAGCCAAGUCUGAAGGAGCAUUAAACAAUUUCGCACUUUUGCUCCUGGAGAUUUACAACGGGGGAUCUGUUUCAUGAAGUAAAGGAAACCAUUUCUAGCAGCCAGAAAGGCUGGACUAGAUGUUUGCUCAGAUUGUGUGUUUUAGUCUUGGGGUUUUUAGGUGCUGUUCACUUUGUGUAGGAGAGGGCUGGUGGCUUGCCCCCUUGCCAGAGAGCUGAUGCAGUAGCCCAUGCAAUGUUAAUGUUUCUCCUCUCUCUGCUGCAGCUCUUAAGAAGCUUCGUCUCUCCAGGAAUUUGAUCUGUGAUUUGCCUUCCCAGUCUGUAGGCCCUGAUCGAGCAUGCUGCAGAUAUAUGUGGAGGAAUAAAGAGUUCGUAGUCGCACGCAGGCUGGAAAAAGGCUUAAAUAUUUUUAAAAACAUUUCUUUUUCUUUUAUGGAAAAAUGGUGUUAAUAGCUACUAAGAACACAGUUAACUACAGAUAUAAAUACUUGAACAUGUUGACUGAAAAAUCUUUCAUAAAAGAUUCAUAAGAAAUUGUUAAUGAUAGUUUUUUGUACAGAUUUACAGGUUUUCUUAUUUAAUGAAGUUUCCAUUGUGAAUAUGUGCUCAGUUGGGGCAUAGAUCAUGAAUCUUGUAUGGUGAUGUGCACCUUGUUUGUUCCUUUUAAUGAAACUUCGGUGAGAGCCUUAGUCUGGAGUGUGCAGGCUGUUCCCUGUCAUGAUCAGGUUUAGAAUUUUGGCUGUAGACGUUUGUAGUGGGUUCACAGGAUGCGUUUUCCGUCACUUGGAGCUGUAUGAUGGAGUCUAUUAUAUUAAUGUCGCCUAUUAAAGCAUGAUUUCAAUGCA